UUGCCCACCCAGCUCUCACUGAAUCCCACAGGGAACAGGAUGGAGACCUGCCUGAAAGUCCUGCUGAUCCUUGGGGUGGUCACAGCAGCCCCUGCGCCAUCAUCGUCCCCUCUGCCAACCCACGAGGAUGCGGUUUUAGCUGCAGUUCAGACCUACAACCAAGAGCCAGAUAUAACACUGGCCUAUCGGCUCCUGGAAGCUGAGCCACAGCCAGACUGGGAUGUGUCUUCAAAAACUAUCCAACCGCUGACAUUCACUGUUCAAGAGACAGUGUGCCCAGUAAAAGAGAAACGCGACAUCAGCCAGUGUGAAUUCAAAGAAGAUGGGCUGGUCAAAGACUGCUCUGGAUUCUUCUCCACUGAACAGGACCCCGCUUCCGUCAUUAUCAAAUGCGAGGAGGCGUCUGAGGAGCCUAAUCUCGUCACACGGGGCCGCUGGAGUAGAUUCAGGAGAAGAGUUGGCAGAUUUUUUCGUCGACAUAAAGAGAAAAUAAUUCGUGCCGGUAUAGGUAUCGCCCUUGGCUAAGAAGAUCCAGAAAGAGAGGAGAUACAAGCGAGCUGAUGCUGCCAAACCCAGAUGUGAUUCCAUUUCUCCUCCACUGGAAGCACCAUCGGAAGCAAGGCUCAUAAGAAUUUCAACCGCUUCAGAGUAUCUGCUUCUAUCCACCGCUUAGCAGCUGUUGCAGUGCUGCUCACCAGGGCUGCUGUGCGUAAUAAAUUGGCAUUCUGCAAACC